AAGUUUUCUGAAUAUUUGGGGAAUUAAAUGUCCAUGGAAUGACCUGACCAUGAUUAAUUGUAAUGUGCCUGUAAUAUGAAAUAUGAAUUGACAAUUAUGAGGGAGUACAAAUGUAGCACAGCUACAGCUGAGAUUGACUCAAUACCAGUUUGACACUGUGCUGGAAGUUCUUCAGUCAAACCUCAGCUACACUGGAUGGCUGGUAUAGUGUCCCAUUCAGAGUCUUUAGCAUUCUUUUAAAGUAAAUUUCGUUGACAAAUGAUAAAUACAUCUAAUACAUUAUGUGAAAAGUAAAUGAAUCUAAUGUUUCCGAUCCAGACUUCUCUAUCUAUCUUCACUAUGGACGUCCCAGAUUUUGGUGUUGAUAUUCAAAGCAGUUAACACCUUGUUAACUUUUAUACUUUUACAAGAGAUACAGAUACAGAAAGAGCAGGAAACAUAAGAUAAAGUGGUAAAAUAACUGAAUAAAAUUAACCGGAGAAUCUUUGCUGAAUUCCUUUCUCAUGAUCAAUCUAUCUUUGUCUGACCAGCAUAAAUUCUACAGCUGUUACCAAUCAAAUACAAAUUGCUGCUUCCCAACAUUAUCUUGUGUGCUGUGAUCUCAAAGAUUUUUACAUUACAACUCUAAACAAGAAAAACAUUAGUGCUAAGUGGGAACUAGACUGGACAUUGGCCACCCAGCGUUGCUGAACAAAAACAGGCCAAUGAGCAGAAUUAUUUCUUCAUUUUGGCCAAUGUACGGGACAUUGUGGCAAACACAAGACAGCUGAAUUUUUGGCAAAACUAGGCUCGUUUCCAUUACCCUUCAAACUGCGCAAACUGAAAUUGCAAAUGGAAAAAUAUGUCUAAUGGAAACGUGUCAAUUUCACAAAAAUGCACAUAUCACAAAAAUGUUUUUACGCUCGCAUAAUUUUUCAGGCAAUGCGAAGAAAAAAUUGACAGGUCACAUGGUGUAUGUAAAAAAAAUUAAUAAAAAAAAAGAAUAAUAAAAAGAUCAUUUUUCAAUGAACUAUAACCUCCAGGAAGCACAUGGCCGCUCUCCAGUAUAAGGGGUUUUCCCUAACAUUAAUGCUUAGAGUAGACACUUAACACUGCACACGUCUGCGGUGCAGUGUGGCUCUGACACGGCCACUGAAGCUGAUUGCACGCGCUCUAGCCAGUGCUUGUGUUUAUUCCAGCUGCGCCACACACGUUUCUGAAGUGGCUCUCUGUGCUUCUUCUGUACAGACACAUACAACACAUGAAUAAAUAUAGCUAAAAUCAGUUGCCAUGACUUAUCGCGAUUAUUCCAUGCCCAUAUUUGGUCCAUGUGAAUUGGUUUUUUUGAUUUUUUUUUUAAGUGGGUUUCAUGCAUGUGAAUUGUGAAACAUGUGUGCAUCGUGUUUUUUGUGUGAAUUAUUAUUGAGUCUAACCGCUUCCAUGCUCUGGGGUUGUUUGGUCAUUUUAGACCGAAAAAAUGUAUAUUUGUAAAUUAAAAAAAUACGGAAUAGUACAAAUCUCGGUGACCUUUUAUGGCAGUCGUUAUGUGAACACCCCCCACUGCCCCCCAUUCGAAAAAUUAAAUGGUUGUACAAAAAACAAUUAUAAUAAUCACACUAAUGUUGUUCACUGUCAAAAAAGACUGUCAUAGGAAACUAAUUGUAAAUAGGCAAAUAAAAAAAGAAAAUGCUAAUGUUUGUGUGUGUAAAAUCUAUAAAUCAGCCACAAUGCGGAAAAAAAGUACACAACAAUGAAGGGGUGACAUUUUACUAGGGAGGAUAGCCAAUAUAAAUAUAUAUCUGCUUCAUUGGUCUAAGAUUGUUUGGCCCUGUCUGUCAGGUACAUACUGUACCUACAGGUCUUUCAGUUUUAGUAACACUUUCAGUUUUUGAGGAUGACUACACUUGUCCCUCAUUCAUUCAUAGCAUCAGCACAUCAUUUGUAUCCAUUGAUAAUAGCUGUCUCUCUCUCUCUCUGGCCAGUAUUCUGACCUCUUUAGCAGUUUCCUCUUCCUGACCAUCUGCUGCAUGCGGGGUACUCACCUCUUCUCCUCAGUGGCAUCGGGAACUGGUCCUAGCAGUUGCCAUGGAAACAAAUCACCAUCGUCAGCAAUAAGUUAUUCGAGAACAACUCGCACACAUACGGAUAAUGUGAGGGAUCGUAUCACAAGAUGGACAAGAGGAAAUGUCAUUAGACAGAGACUCAAGAACAUAUGCCUACGGGAGAAAGGAGACAUGGAGCUGUGAUGGCCUCUUGAAACUAGUUAGACAAGUGUCUCAUCAUCCUCAGAUCACAGGCAUUGUACUAUACACCCUGGUUUCUCCAACCUCUGUCUCCUCAGCUUGUAGAGCCUCCACUCCGUUCAGCCCCUCAGUAUUUCACCAUGGAGGCCAGAGGAAAGUAUGACUUCAAUAGUAAAGAAGAAGAUGAGCUCAGCUUCAGGAAAGGAGACAUUCUGAAAAUCCUGGGAUCUCAGGACGAGUGGUUCAAGGCAGAGCUACAUGGUCAUGAGGGCUUCAUACCUAAAAACUAUGUUGACAUGCAAACGCCGAGCUGGUUCAAAGAGAACGCCGGCCGUGGCUCGGCUGAGGAGAUGCUCAUGUCCCGAGAGGUGGGUGCUUUCCUGAUCCGGGGCAGCCAGAGUUCCCCUGGAGACUUCUCCAUAUCAGUCAGACACGACUAUGAUGUACAGCAUUUUAAAGUUAUGAAGGAUAAAUCGUGCCAGUACUACCUGUGGACGGAGAAGUUUUCCUCUCUAAACAAGCUGGUGGAGUUCUACAAGACCACCUCCAUAUCCAAACAGAAGGAGAUCUACCUUAGGGACGGGAGUGGGAAUGAGCCACGAGCACCUCCAACUUUAAGGUGUCCACCAGAGGUUCGGCCUUCCCCGGCUGGUGGUUAUGGCGGUCCCCCAACCUCAUCACAACACCGUAACCCACCAGAUCAAACUCACAACCAGAAGGGUAAGAGAGGAAGUCUUGAGGAGAAGGCUAACACUCGGGGACACCAAGGGAGGAACAGCCCAGUCCCUCGGCGACCCUCUGAAAGUUUGCCUGCUCCGAAGUCAACCAUACAGGUGAGAGCAAUAUACGACUUCACAGCAGAGGAAGAUGACGAGUUGGGCUUCAGUGCUGGUGAAAUAAUUGAAAUACUGGACCGUUCUGAUGCGUCGUGGUGGAGAGGUCGAUUGCGCGGCAGGACUGGUCUGUUCCCUUCCAAUUACACAGAACCGAUCUGAUGUCUUCUGAUUGCUCAGAGGUGUGGAAUCACUAUGCUAAGAGUCAAAUCCAUCAAUCGCUUGCCAAAUGCCUGUCAAUAAUGUAUGGACUGGUCAAUUAUUUUCAAAUUACUUUUAUAAAACUGGUUGCAGAACUGAUGAGGAGAAGUGAGGAAAAAAGACUCAUGGAGCUCUUUGUUGCUUCUCUUUUACAUAUACAUAAUCUUUUUUAUACAUAUGUUUUUAUGGUACGAAGAAAGAACUAUACCAUUUCUCUAAUGUGUCAAAUUCUCUUAAUGACUAGACAUUUCCCUUAUAUAAAUCACUGAAUUAUAUACAGUACACAGACUUACAGUGACCCCUCAGCUCAUGUUUGUAUUUUGAGAUCUUUAGUAGGACACACUAACACAUGAUACAGUGUUACAUUAAGCAAAGUUUCUAUGUUACUGUACCAAAUUUUGUAUAAAGAAGAGACUUUUUAACAAAUGUGAUUUGUCAAAAUAGCCACAGGCAGAAGAGGUAUGAUUAUUGUUUUGUUAUACAAGAUGGAAAAUACGGAUGGCAAAUAUGGCAAUAACCGCAGACUUGAAUAAAUCUUUCUGCUUUCAAAUAUAAGUCAAGUGAUAUUUUCAUAGAGAUCGUUCAGUCUAAUUCUGUCAUCAUUUAAUCACUGUCGUGUUGUUUCAAAACUUUAGAACUUUAUUUCUGUGUUCCGUGUUCCAUGAAGGUAAAAAAGAUACAGGUAAACGAUAACAGGAUAUCACGAAAAUUAACCAUUGAUUUAUUGUAGUAAAACUGUAGAAACCAUGGUUUUCUGGCGCAAUGAUUAACAUUUGCAUAACCACAGUUUUACUACAAAUACCAUGGUUAA